GCAAAUUAGGUUUUGCGCAGUGGUUUAGAUCUAGAGAGAAUCGUGACGGGCAGGGAACCAUUACACCACCACCCCGGCUGUGCUCUCCGGCUGCCGCCGCCACCCCGCCCUUGCCUCCGGUACACGCUGAAGAUCCAGAAUCAUGACUGACUCCAAGUACUUCACAACCAAUAAGAAGGGAGAAAUCUUUGAAUUAAAAGCUGAACUCAACAAUGAAAAGAAAGAAAAGAGGAAGGAGGCUGUGAAGAAAGUGAUUGCUGCUAUGACCGUGGGGAAGGAUGUUAGCUCGCUCUUCCCAGAUGUGGUGAACUGUAUGCAGACUGACAACCUGGAACUCAAGAAGCUCGUGUACCUCUACCUGAUGAACUAUGCCAAGAGUCAGCCUGACAUGGCCAUCAUGGCUGUCAACAGCUUCGUGAAGGACUGUGAAGAUCCUAAUCCUUUGAUACGAGCCUUAGCAGUUAGAACCAUGGGGUGCAUCCGGGUGGACAAGAUUACAGAAUAUCUCUGUGAACCCCUCCGCAAGUGUUUGAAGGAUGAAGACCCCUAUGUUCGGAAAACUGCAGCAGUCUGUGUGGCAAAACUCCAUGAUAUCAACGCCCAGAUGGUGGAAGAUCAGGGAUUUCUGGAUUCUCUACGGGAUCUCAUAGCAGAUUCAAACCCAAUGGUGGUGGCUAAUGCUGUAGCAGCGCUCUCUGAGAUCAGUGAGUCUCACCCAAACAGCAACCUUCUUGAUCUAAACCCUCAGAAUAUCAACAAACUGCUCACAGCUCUGAACGAGUGCACUGAAUGGGGACAGAUUUUCAUCCUGGACUGCCUGUCUAAUUACAACCCUAAAGACGACCGGGAGGCUCAGAGCAUCUGUGAGCGAGUAACGCCUCGGUUAUCCCAUGCCAACUCUGCAGUAGUGCUCUCAGCGGUGAAAGUCCUAAUGAAAUUUUUAGAAUUGUUACCCAAGGACUCUGACUACUACAAUAUGCUGCUUAAGAAGUUAGCGCCUCCACUUGUCACCCUGCUGUCUGGGGAGCCCGAAGUGCAGUAUGUCGCCCUGAGGAACAUCAACCUAAUUGUCCAGAAAAGGCCUGAAAUCUUGAAGCAGGAAAUCAAAGUCUUCUUUGUGAAGUACAAUGAUCCUAUCUAUGUUAAACUAGAGAAGCUGGACAUCAUGAUUCGUCUUGCAUCCCAAGCCAACAUUGCUCAGGUUCUGGCAGAGCUGAAGGAAUAUGCCACUGAGGUUGAUGUAGAUUUUGUUCGCAAAGCUGUGAGGGCCAUUGGACGGUGUGCCAUCAAAGUGGAGCAAUCAGCAGAACGUUGUGUAAGCACACUGCUUGAUCUAAUCCAGACCAAAGUAAAUUAUGUGGUCCAAGAGGCAAUUGUUGUCAUCAGGGACAUCUUCCGCAAAUACCCUAACAAGUAUGAAAGUAUUAUUGCCACUCUCUGUGAGAACUUGGACUCCCUGGAUGAGCCUGAUGCUCGAGCAGCUAUGAUUUGGAUUGUAGGAGAAUAUGCUGAAAGAAUCGAUAAUGCGGAUGAAUUACUAGAGAGCUUCCUGGAGGGUUUUCAUGAUGAAAGCACCCAGGUGCAGCUCACUCUGCUUACUGCCAUAGUGAAGCUGUUUCUCAAAAAGCCGUCAGAAACACAGGAGCUGGUCCAACAGGUCUUGAGCUUGGCCACACAGGAUUCUGAUAAUCCUGACCUUCGAGAUCGGGGUUAUAUUUAUUGGCGCCUCCUUUCAACUGACCCUGUGACAGCCAAAGAAGUAGUGUUGUCCGAGAAGCCAUUGAUCUCUGAGGAGACAGAUCUGAUUGAGCCUACCCUUCUGGAUGAGCUCAUCUGCCACAUUGGUUCCUUGGCCUCUGUGUACCACAAACCUCCAAAUGCUUUUGUGGAAGGGAGUCAUGGGAUUCAUCGCAAACACUUGCCAAUCCAUCACGGGAGCGCUGACGCAGGUGAUAGUCCUAUUGGCACCACCACUGCAACCAACCUGGAACAGCCUCAGGUCAUCCCCUCUCAAGGUGACCUUCUGGGGGAUCUUUUAAAUCUUGACCUGGGUCCCCCAGUGAACGUGCCGCAGGUGUCCUCCAUGCAGAUGGGAGCAGUGGACCUUUUGGGAGGAGGACUGGACAGCUUGCUUGGCAGUGACCUUGGCGGGGGCAUUGGAGGAAGCCCGGCAGUAGGACAGUCCUUCAUCCCGUCAUCAGUGCCUGCAACCUUCGCUCCUUCACCUACUCCUGCUGUGGUCAGCAGCGGUCUGAAUGACCUGUUUGAGCUUUCCACUGGGAUAGGCAUGGCACCUGGUGGAUACGUGGCUCCUAAGGCGGUCUGGCUACCUGCGGUAAAGGCUAAAGGUUUGGAGAUCUCGGGGACGUUCACUCACCGCCAGGGGCAUAUCUAUAUGGAAAUGAACUUUACCAACAAAGCUCUGCAACACAUGACAGACUUUGCCAUCCAGUUCAACAAGAACAGCUUUGGUGUCAUCCCAAGCACUCCCCUGGCCAUACAUACUCCACUGAUGCCAAACCAGAGCAUUGAUGUCUCACUGCCUCUCAACACCUUGGGCCCCGUCAUGAAGAUGGAACCUCUGAAUAACUUGCAGGUGGCUGUUAAAAACAAUAUUGAUGUCUUCUACUUCAGCUGCCUCAUCCCACUCAAUGUGCUUUUUGUAGAAGAUGGCAAAAUGGAGCGCCAGGUCUUCCUUGCAACGUGGAAGGAUAUUCCCAAUGAAAAUGAACUCCAGUUUCAGAUUAAGGAAUGUCAUUUAAAUGCUGACACAGUUUCCAGCAAGUUGCAAAACAACAAUGUUUACACUAUUGCCAAGAGGAAUGUGGAAGGACAAGACAUGCUGUACCAGUCCCUGAAGCUCACUAAUGGCAUUUGGAUUUUGGCCGAGCUACGGAUCCAGCCAGGAAACCCCAAUUAUACGCUGUCGCUGAAGUGCAGAGCCCCUGAAGUCUCUCAGUACAUCUAUCAGGUCUACGACAGCAUUUUGAAAAACUAAUAAAUGGGUCCUGUGCCCUCCAGUCACCCUGUUAUCGGUGCAAGCCAAGAACUCUAAACUGGAAGAAAUCGUACUGCUGUGUAGAGCCUGACCCCAAACCCUGCGGCACGCACCCCGGUAGUGACCAGUCGUCCUGUGCUGACUUCAGCAUUCACCCUGUUGGAUAGGUUAGCUUCUUGUGACAUCUGUAACCACUGCUUCCAUCAUUCCCAACCUCUGCCACCCGCUGCCGCUCUCUGUCCUUACUAGUGAGCUUCUCCAUGCUGUGCCAAUGGCUAGCUUUUCUACACCCUCUUUUGAGUGUAGUUUGAUAUUUUGUAAUCAAAAGCUCGUUUCACAAGCAGAAAAAGCCAACAAAUUAAAGCAAGGAAAAGUGUCACUGAAACAUAAA